GUACCUACCUUACGCGAUUGCCCUUCGGGCAUCGUCCGCGCCCGGGACACUCGCGCCCGUCGACCGUCGUUCCGCUUGUUCUCACAGUAUGUGCCACGUACUCGUAUGUAACUGAGCUAGAGUUUCCACUGCACUACUACUCUUCGUUUUCACAUCUUCAUCAGUUUCUAUGCCAUUUCCCUCAUCUGUCCCACUUGUCGCUACUGAAUGAAUUCGGCCCCCACGUCGAGCCUGCCUCAGCGGCAGACAUGUCCCUAUACACAGCACAUGCACCAACUCCCUCCUUGACAAAUUUCGCACUCGAAUGUGUCCCCGUGUCGUGGGCAUCACAGCUUCUGAAGUUGGUGUUAAACCCGCAAGCUUGUAGCAAACUGGAAGCUAUGCGGAUUCAAUCUUCGGUUUGGGACGGCCGUUGUGCAGAGCUUGGACUACGCGUUACAGAGGUUCUGCGUCUCGCCGGAGCGCUCAAGACGUUCGAGUGUAUGUUGCAUCUUGCUGAUGGAGACCCAAUCCACGAUGCCGUGCCGCGACUUACAACAAAUACAUCGCUGACAAGACUGAUAAUGAACUUCCACUCCGUCUAUCCAUCACUCCCAAUGAUCCGGAGGGGCCUGGGUACCUUGCUAUCUGACAUCCGAAGCCCGCAUGUGGAGCAACUCGAAAUUCGGAUUGGCCUACUAGUAUCGUCCCACUCCGAGACGUCUGGAGAUGGAAACUACUCGGACGCCUCAGUCAGGGAGGCAGACCCUCCCGGCUCCACCUCCUAUUUCCACGAUAUACUCUCUCGUAGCAUCUUUGACCAGCUUCCAGCUGCGGAAGUUGUCGCGGAAGUUCCUGACCCCUGGGCCGAUGUCUCCACGGGUGUAUGGAUCAGAGUCCAAUUGGUCCGCUCGCCGGAGGGGGAGGCUCAACUUGAAACCGCCACAAUGUCUGCGAUCAAGACAGACAUGAUUACCCUGUUCGCACCAUGGCUGGACCGCGGAGUUGUACAGCUCGAAUUCUAUCCGGAUCCUGACGAUGAAUAUUCCGUCACUCGCUCCUCCUCAUCAGUACUCCGUGUUCUUGGUGAGUGUCACGACUCCGUUACCGGGACUCGAACACAUACCAGCAUAAAGGAGAUACAGGACUCGGAGGACGAUGAACGCGAAGGAGGCGCACGCGAUGUCAGUGGAGAUACGGAGACAGAAGACGUGGUUUAUCCGGGGCCAAUGGACUCCAACGCACUUGGAUCUGCACGACUGACCUCGGAUUAUCAAGUUACCCAGGUUAAUGACCAAACUCAGAAAGCGGUCCAGACCGAGACAUCGUGUCUUGGUGAACAGUGUCUGGAGCGGCAAUCCAUCGGACACAUCGCUGCUACCCGCCCAGGCUUUCGCAGUCGAAUUGCGAGACUCGUGCGCACGAUCCUUUGUAGUCCACAAAGAAAGGACGUGCAGGAAUAGGAUUCGGGAAUGUGGAUAUGACACACGGGGACAGGAUGAUUGAUAGGUUUGCCAGGUCGUUCGUGGAUGUGCAGGACGCGCCGCGUACAUGAAUCGUCUUAUCUAUCGAAUGCGCUUGAAUCAUAUGGGGUCGCACC